AUGCCUGCUGCAGCUCCCGCCCGGGUAGCCCGCCCACCUCACCGACGCCCGUCCGUUUGGCGUCGCCCGCGCGCUUGCCAUCGGCCGCCGGCGCGUCGGCCGCCGCUGCCGUAUCUAUACCGCUGCGCAAGUGCUACCGCCGCUCGCGACCCGACCGUCCACACCGCGCCCACCCCCGCUCCCUCCAAAAUUGGCCUCCCUUUCCAGCCUGCGGUCGCAACGGCGCGUCCUCUGCUCGCCCGUGCCGCUCGAAGCCGUCGCGCUCCCGGCCUCUGUGCAGGCGUCCAUCUCGAAGUGCCUCGUCGCCUCCAGGCUGACGCCGCGCCAUCUGCGCAAGUCCACCAACCCCAUGGACCGUCUGUUCGCGCACGAGCGCCGCGAGCUGCUACGCAGCGCCCUGGUCGUCGUCCGUCCGUCCGCCGACGACACAACGACAAUGUCGCCCUUGCCCACGCCAUCACGAGGGCCCCCGGAGCCUUGGCUCGAAGAUUAUGCAUCAUCGACGAGUCGCCCGACAUGACGCCCCUGCUGCGACCGCGCUUUCACAGACGCAACCCCAACUGCCUCGCCACCGUCGAAAUGGACUCGCCCAAGUUCAUCAUCCUGGACAUCCGCCAGCCAUCCUUGCCCGUCACCGUCAUCGACCACCAUUUGGAAACCUCGAAGAACUGCGUCAGCGCCAUCACCUGGGGUCCGCGCUCGGCCGUCAGCCUCGCGUCCGGGGGGGGGGACGGCUGCCUGGCACUUAUCUGGAACAUCUCCAGCCUCUCAAAGCGCGUCGAUGAUCCGGCCCUGUCGCAUUGCGCCGUUGCCUCCAUUAGCAACUUGCAAUGGGCACCUUCGUCCUCGGAAUGGAUCGCACUCACCGUUGAGGAUAGGCUUCAGGCCUUGCGUCUGUGA